AUUUGUCAUAAAUGUCAUUGCAGCAGAAAAAAGAAAUGCAGUUAAGUUUUCUAGAAAGAAAUUGAAGAAUUGAGAAGAAUAUUCAGUUGAGAACCCCAUAUUUUUACGAAAUUUUCAUUCAAUCAUUCGGAAUAUAAAACCGUAAUCAUGAAAUUAGUGAUUGUUGUUCUUGCGUGUUUUUUAUAUGGCUGUCAAGCUGGAGUAACAAGAAAUGCAGAUGUUGUAAUUGAUGGUAAAAAUGAAACCUUGCCCGAUGUCACAGUGAUUACAACAGAAGCUACAAAGAACGGUUCUUCAGCCAAAACAGCAGAUGUUUCCUUUCCAGUUGGUCCGGUGAUAUCAACUACAACCAUCAAACCAUCACCUACACCAAAACCAACAGAUCCUACACCUAAACCAACAGAUCCUACCCCACCUACACCCAAACCAACAGAUCCUACCCCACCUACACCUAAACCAACUGAUCCUACACCAAAACCAACAGAUCCAACAACAUCUACACCAAAACCGACAGAUCCAACCACACCUACAACUCCCAAACCAUCACCUACGCCAAAACCAACAACACCUACAACUCCUACCACUAAAAAACCAAUUCCAAGCUCUACAACAGCCCCGGUAACUACAACCACUGUAAGCCCACCUUCGAAUCGUGGUUUCGACGGCCCCAGUUUCAUCGGAGGCAUAGUUUUGGCAUCUGGAUUGAUGGCGAUUGGAUUUGUCGCUCUUAAAUUCUACAGGGCUCGAACCGAACUCAACUAUCACACCCUCUAAGGAUGGAGGUUGACUGUUUGGGGUCUCAGUUUCUUCAGUUGAAAAAAUUGUAGAAUUCUUUUAUUUCCAUGACUAUUGAAGGAACAUUGAAGAUUUUAUUAUUUUUCAAGUAUUUUCGGGAAAUGGUAUGCAAAUGUCAACAGUGUUUCUCAAAGACUAUAACUAGCAUUUUAACAUUUUCAACGAAAGGCAAAAAUGAUUUCUUCAUUUUGUGCCCUUAAUUUUCUUGGUAUUUGUGAGUUAUUCUUGAAGUAUUGAUGAUGUCUGUGAAAUUUUUUGUUGCAGAAUAUCACAAAAAAAUUCGAAUAUCAUCAUUGGUUGAAAGAUUAGAAGAUUUAUUUUUCCUUUUUCGAAACGUUAUUAUUUUUUUAUGAUGUUUAAAUUUUAUUUCUGUUUACGGGCAUUUUGUGUAUAUUCGUUCUUCAAUCCCACUUUACGGCCGCAAAAUUGAUAUUUUCAGCAUCAGAAAAUCGAAAAAACCUCGGAACUCGGUUCUAAAAACGAGAGCAGCUUCAAACGAAGGGAGUGAUAAAAAAGUCCUAAUUCUGACGCAGCUUUUAUUUUCAAAUUACCGAUCAAAAGUGUGAUACAAAUGUAGUAAUUUAUUUUUUUGGGUAGAUUUAGAUUUUUCGAAGAAACAGGUUUCGUGUAAAAUAAUUUUUCAUAGCAGAAAACGUGAAAUUGAACAAUGAUGUUUACACUCUGUCCGAGAAAGUGCUCUUAAUAGAGUAGUUAAAUGGUUUUUUGAAAAGGUCGCUGUAGUUGUAGAUUUUAUUAUUUUGUUCAUAUUUUAUUUUUACCGUAAAUCUAAGUGUUGUAAAGUUAAUGGUACAUAUUGGAUAUAACAUUGUAAUGGUGCACUAUCGCAACAGCCAACCAGUUGAUUUAGAUUGGAAAUCCUCAGUAUUCACUGUCAGAAGCUAAAUAUUCGUGAUUCCACACAUGGCAACUUUUUUUUACGGGGAUGAUGCUUUAGUGCACUUCUAGUUGUUUAAGUGAAAUUGUCAGUUUGCGAAAUCCAUAUUAUUCUAAUAAAACUGUUUAUUUUAAAA